AUGGAUCGUGCCGCUGGUUCUGUUGCACACCCACCAUACUUCGAUGGCCACAACUAUGGUGCUUGGAAGGCUAAAAUGAAGUCGUUUCUUUGGUCCUUAGAUGAACGUGUAUGGUAUACAGUGGUUCAUGGCUUUUCUGAUCCCACAAAGAAGAUCGGAAAAGGAGAUGAAGAAACCACAGUUCUCAAAUCUAGAGAGGAGUGGACCACUGCAGAAGCCACACACAGUACAAAUAAUCAAAAGGGGUUAAAUGCUAUAUUUACUGCUGUCUCUUCCGAUCAAUUUGAAUAUAUAUCUAGUUGUGAUACUUCUAAGGAAGCUUGGGAUAUUUUGCAGGUCACUCAUGAAGGAACAGAUACUGUUAAGGGAGCCAAGCUUCAAAUGCACACUCUACAGUUUGAGACAAUCAUGAUGGAUGAGAAUGAAACCUUUUCUGAAUUUUAUGCCAAACUUUGCAUUAUUGUGAAUGCAUGUUCAAGUUUAGGUGAAAAAAUUCCAGAAGAUAGGGUGGUGAAAAAGAUUUUACGGUCCUUGCCUCAACGUUUUUCACCAAAGAUCACAGCCAUUGAAGAGAUUCGUGACCUGAAUACUAUGAAAGUUCGUGAACUCAUAGGGUCGCUUCAAACCUAUGAGAUGAAGCAUCUAGCUCCUAAGAAGAAUAAAAGCGUUGCUCUUAAAGUAGUUGAUAAAGAAGAUGGUGAACACCAAUCUGAAGAAUUCAAUGGGGAGGAAUUUGCUUAUCUUUCACGACAAUUCAAGAAGUUUUUCAAAUAUCAAAAUUCCAGAAGUCAUGAUUCAAGAAAUCACUCAGGUAUAAAUUCAAAAGUUAAGCAUGGUGAUUAUACUGAUGGUAAUGUAAAAUCUCGCAGGUUCACUGAGAAGAAGACUACUAAAGAGAGAGUCAAGUGCUAUGAAUGCGAAGGAUAUGGACAUAUAUCCUCUGAAUGUGCCAACACACAAAAGAAGCAAAACGGCAAAGCCAAAGCACUGAAUGUAACCUGGAGUGACAGUGAUUCAGAAUCAGAAAGUGAAGAAAAUACCAUUGCAUUAAUCACCACUGUCAGUUUGGAUAAGGCACAGCAAAACAAUGGGAAUGAUGAAGAACCAAAUAUUGGUUAUGUGCUGGAAAAGUAUGACGAUCUUCUAGCUGCUUCUCAGAAACUUAAUCAACACAACAAAGAGCUUGCCAAAAAGGUUGCUGUGCUGGAGCUCGAAAACAGUAGGAUUGCCAGGACAUUACAAUCCUCUGCUGCUGAACCCGAAUCAAUUGGUGAAGAAAAGAUUGACAAAAUGAUUAGCAUGGGUCGAAGCAAUGGAGACAAACGUGGCUUGGGUUUUGAUUCAAUAAACAAGUCUUCCGCUGUAUCCGUCACAAAGUUUGUCAAACCAUCACUUUCUACUGAAAUUUCUACAGAAGGCGUGAGUGGAAUGGUCACUUUUGGAGAUGGAAGAAAAUCCAAGAUUUUGGGCAAAGGAAGAAUUAUGGCAAUUGGUACACCUAACUUGGACAAUGUUUUAUUAGUUGAAAAUCUUCAAGCAAAUCUCAUCAACGUAAGUCAACUUUGUGAUGAAAUGGGUGAGGUAAACGUGAGGGUGUCUGUGAAGGGUGCCAACUGGGGAAGCAAACCAAAAACCCUCACAAAGCUACAAACUCAAUCUCUACUUCUAAAACUUUGGAACUGA